CUUGGGGUCCCCAGGGUCCAACCCCCAGGAGGUUCAGGCCCCUGCGGCUGGAGAGCUUGGCCCCUCCACGGCACAGCGCAGCAGCCUGAGCACGAGCGCCAGGAGAUGAGCGUGGAGACGGUGGCUUCAGACAUGGACGCCCUGUGCCCCGAGCUACUGCUCCCUGCCCCGGCGGACACAGGGCGCAGCAGAGGCCCUGAUGCCGGCAUGGUGGAGCCAUCGGCGCUGGCUGUGAGGCAGAGCCUGUUGCUGGCGGAGGGGGUGCCCGCGGGAGUGCAGGACGUGGAGAUCUUCAUGGAGGCCGUGGCGGGCAACGUGGCGCUGAGCAACCCGGGCAGUGCCACAGAGGUCUUGGUCAAGGUGGUGGAGCUGUACUUUUGUGAGCGAUGCGGCCAGAGCUUCUCCGACCCCGGCCUGCUCACCCAGCACCAGUGCCUCACACUGGUAGCCCCCGAGUCCCUGGAGCUGCCAAGUGCACCCCAGCUGGCAGCACCCACCACUGAGGGACCCGGAGUGGGGCCAGGCCUCUGCCAGGAACUGCCCCAGAGGUUGCCGGAAACAAGUGGGCAGGACAGAGACGUCAACUGCCUGGGUGAGCACCUGCUGUGCCCCAUCUGCCAGGCGGAUUUUGCACUCCCCAGCGAACUCAAAGAGCACUUCAAGACGCACCGUAAUUCCAUGGUCACUCUGGCAUGCCCCGCGCCAGGCUGCCCCUUCCUGCCUGGGGACCGCAGGCAGCUGCGCGGGCAUGUGCGGCGCGUGCACCAAGCAAUACCCAUCUCCUGCAUCUACCGUGCCUGCCCCCUGCUCUUCCUGAGCCACCCAGCUAUGGAGGAGCAUCACCGCCUCCACUUCCCCUUCCACUGCGCUCACUGCCGGUUCAUCAGUGCCAACAUCAAGCUUUUCCGGCAGCACACAAAGAGCCACUGCCCUGAGCCAGCGGGGGCCACAGAGAUCUUCCUGGACAUGGCAGGAGUCAGGGAGACCCUCCCAGAGUCAGCAGAGGCUGGGGAGCCCCACAGCCCUGGCACGCGUGACUUUGCCACCGGGACUGGAGAAGUCCCAUCCGAUGACAAGGCCUCCAGGGAGGCGACGUGUUCCCUUGACCCACCAGCCUGGGAUGGCAGCCACAGUGCUCCCGAGGACACUGCCCAUGAAGAUGGACAGGCGUUGGCUGGGGAGGACGAUUCUGAGAGCAGCGGGGAUGAGUCUCUGGACGAGGAGGAGGGCGAGAGCACUGGUGAGGCAGUCACCAGGAAGGCCAAGGCCCCUCGGGCCCAGCGGUUCAAAGGGGAUGUGGCGGAGGGCUCGGAGUCCCUGUUCAAGACCCACAUGUGCCCCGAGUGCAAGCGCUGCUUCAAGAAGCGGACGCACCUGGUGGAGCACCUGCACCUGCACUUCCCCGACCCCAGCCUGCAGUGCCCCAACUGUGGGAAGUUCUUCACUAGCAAGAGCAAGCUGAAAAUCCACCUGCUGCGGGAGACGGGCGAGAAGGCCCACCAGUGCCCUCUGUGCCAGUACCGCUCGGUGGAGAGGAACGCCCUCAACCGCCACAUGGCCAGCAUGCAUGAGGGCAUCUCCAACUUCUACUCAGAUGUCUACGCCUGCCCCGUGUGCCAGGAGCCCUUCAAGCUCAGCCAGGCCCUUAAGGAGCACCUCAGGAGCCACCAGACCGAGCCCAAGCAGCUUAGCUGCUUCGAGGGCGGCUGCGACUACGGCACAGAGGACCGCAAGGACUUCACGCGGCACCUCAAGGAAGCCCACAGCCUCAAGGCAGUGGAGUGCACGUACCAUGCCUGCUCGCUGCUCUUCGGCACGGCCGAGGCCAUGGAGACCCACCGCAAGACCCACUACGCCUUCCACUGCCAGCAGUGCGACUUCAUCUGCUCCAACAAGCACGUCUUCCGCAAGCACAAGCGCCAGGGCCACCCCGGCAGUGAGCGGCUGCAGUGCGGCUUCUGCCCCUACACCACCUUCAACCCCGUAGAGUUCCACGACCACCUGGGCAAGAUGCACGCCCAUGAGAAGAUCCACAAAUGCAGCGAGUGUGGCUUCGCCACGGCGCACAAGAGGGUGCUGAUGCGCCAUGCACUCCUGCAUACUGGGGAGAAACCUCACAAGUGCGAGCAGUGCGACUUCACAUGCCGGGACGUGAGCUACCUGUCCAAACACAUGCUGACCCACUCCAGCGCCAAGGACUUCAUGUGCACAGAGUGUGGCUAUGUCACCAAGUGGAAGCACUACCUCAACGUGCACAUGCGCAAGCACACUGGGGACCUCAGGUACCAGUGCAACCAGUGCUCGUACCGGUGCCACCGGGCUGACCAGCUGAGCAGCCACAAGCUGCGGCACCAGGGCAAGAGCCUGAUGUGUGAGGUGUGCGGCUUCGCCUGCAAGCGCAAAUACGAGCUGCAGAAGCACGCGCAGGCCAAGCAUGCACAGGGCUACCAGCCACCUGUCUUCCAGUGCCGCUACUGCAGCUACCAGAGCAAGUAUAAGCAGGCGCUGCGCAGCCACGAGAACUGCAAGCACACGCAGCAGCGUGAGUUUCGCUGCGCCCUCUGCACCUACUGCACCUUCAGCAACACCAGCCUCUUCUUCCACAAGCGCAAGGCCCAUGGCUAUGUGCCCGGCGACAAGGACUGGCUGCAGCACUAUGCCAGCAAGGAGCAGGAAGCCGGUGCACCCCAUGGGGCCACAGCUUGUCAUGCUGGGGAGGAGCCGUGGCAGGGGGCCAGCUCGGAGCCCCCAGAGGAAGAGGAAGAUGGUGAACCAGCUGGUGCAGAGCCCCUGCCGGAGCUAACCAUAGGGCAGCAGGAAGGUGGCGUGAACGUGGCGACAGAGGAGGGUGGGACAUCCAGUGAGGCCGUGGAUGGCUGCACACUGCACUUGGAAACACUGGAGGUCUCGGCGCAGGUGGUGCUGGAGGCCACGGCCCCUGCAGAGGCUCUGGGCUGCAAGGACCCUGGAGCUGGGUAUGGCAUCCUGAGUGCCGCCGAGGCCUUGGCACUAGAGGACGGCACCCCUGGGCUGGAGGACAUCGCUGACUUUGAGGAAGAGCCGGACGUGGCUGGGGCACCCGAGGGCAAUGUGGACAGCCCCAGCCUAGAGGGGGGCCCAAGCCGGGACCUGUUGGAGAGGCCUGGAGAUCCCGUUGCAGGGCAGGACCCUGCUUCACCCACGGCCACUGGGACGGGAGAGGAGAGUGGCCAAACCACGACAGCAGGGAUGGAGGAGGGUGGUGGCAAGCCCGGGGACGAGCCAGCGGCAGAGUGGGAGUUGCGGGCGCUGCGGCAGCAAGACAAGGAGCAAGCGGAGACACUGGUGCUGGAGGGACGUGUGCAGAUGCUGGUGGUGCAGACAGAGCGCCAGGUGUUCACCUGCCGUGCCUGCCCCUACGUUACACGCAAGGAGCGUGCACUGGCCCUGCAUGCCAAAGCUGGCUGUCAGGCCCGGCGCACCCCCCUCCUGUGCCAUGGCUGCGGCGCCAGCUUCAAGCAGCAGCGCGGCCUCAACACCCACCUGCUUAAGAAGUGCCCCAUCCUCCUCAAGAAGGGCCAGACGCCCAAGCUGCUGGGGCCGGAGCAGCCCAGGAAUCCCCCACAGGGCCCCCAGUCUGUGGCCAUGGAGGACAGCACAGGUGUCCUGGAGGCAGCAGAGGGGAGCCCGGAGCCUGGGGCCACAGAGGAUGGCACGGAAGGGGCAGGGGGGGGCCAGGUCCCGGAGCCCCCCUUGGAAGCGGAGCCAGUGCCUGUGCUCCCAGGCAGCCCCCUCCCUGAGGCUGUGCUUCUGGGAGCCAGUCCAGCCACAGUGCUCCUGGCCCCUCCAGCUGUGGGCGAGAUGGCACCGGAAGGUGCCGGUGCCCCCGUGAAGCCAUUGGAGAAGUACCGAGCGGAGCAGGGCAAGCUGCGCUGCAAUGCCUGCGCCUUCAGCUGCUCCCGCCUGUCCACCAUCACCUCACACGUGGCGGAUAGCUGCCGGGGCCCAGCGCGGCUCCGCUGUGCCCUGUGCCCCCAGGGCUUCCACUCCCGGCGGGCGCUCAAGAGCCACUGCGCCCAGCAGCACGGCCAGCCCCAAGAGGCUGAGGGGCCUGGGAAUGCUGGCCUGCGCCCCCGGCGCCGCCUGUCCUGCCCCAGCUGCCCCUUCACCUGCCAGCAGGAACGGGCCCUGCGGACACAUGCGCAGCAGGGCUGUGGGACACGACGUGGCUCUGUCCCCCCACCCCCCUCCUCCGCUGCGCCCCCCCUGCGGCGGCACCGGCGCCCCCCCCGUGGGCACUACAGCCAGCGCCCAGCACUGCAGUGCAGGCAGUGCGAGUUCACCUGCAAGCAGGCCCGGUGCCUGGGGCAGCACGUGCGCGUGAAGCAUGAGGGCCUCAAGCCGCACCAGUGCCCCUACUGUGAAUUCAGCACCACGCGACGCUACCGCCUGGAGGCCCACCAGUCGCUGCACACGGGCGUGGGGCGCAUCGCCUGCGGCAGCUGCAGCCAGACCUUCGGCACCAACUCCAAGCUGCGGCUGCACCGGCUGCGAGUACACGAGAAGACGCCCACACACUUCUGCCCGCUCUGCGACUACAGCGGCUACCUGCAGAAUGACAUCACCCGCCACAUCAACAGUUGCCAUCGGGGCGAGCCGCUCUACCCCUGCGCCCGCUGCGACGCCCGUUUCAGCUCGCCCACUGCCCUCAAGCAGCAUUCACUGCGCCGCCAUGCUGAGCCCGCUGCCUGCCGCUGCCCCCACUGCGGUCUGCAGUGCCGCAGCCUGGCCACGCUGCGGGGUCAUGCCCGGCGCCAGCACCCGCCUCGGCUCGAGUGCGGGGCUUGCCACGAGGCCUUUGCGACCCGCCGCGACCUGGAGACGCAUCGCCAGCAGCAGCACUUCAGCCACCGCUGUGGACUCUGUGGGUUCGCUGCCCGCGAGCGCCAGCAGCUGGUGCGGCACUACGUGGACAGCCAUGAGCCACCAGCUGCUGCCCCUGCUGCUGACCGGCCCCUGGCCUGCCCCUCUUGCGACUUCACCUGCCGCCACCAGCUGGUCCUGGAGCACCACGUCAAGGGCCAUGGCGGCACCCGUGUCUACAAGUGCUCUGACUGUGCCUACACCACCAAGAACAAGCAGAAGAUCACGUGGCACAUCCGCAUCCACACAGGCGAGAAGCCUUACAAGUGCCACCUCUGUACUUACACCUGUGCUGACCCCUCUCGCCUCAAGUACCACAUGCGAAUCCACAAGGAGGAGCGGAAAUACCUGUGCCCUGAGUGCGGUUACAAGUGCAAGUGGGUGAACCAGCUCAAGUACCACAUGACUAAGCACACAGGCUUGAAGCCGUACGGCUGCGAGGAGUGCGAGUACCGGACGAACCGGGCGGAUGCGCUGCGGGUGCACCGGGACACGCGUCACCGGGAGGCACGGGCUCAUAUGUGUGAGCAGUGUGGCAAGGCCUUCAAGACGCGGUUUCUACUGCGCACGCACCUGAGAGCCCACAGCGAGGCUCGGCCCUACGUGUGUGGUGUGUGCCGGCGCGCCUUCCGCUGGGCUGCCGGCCUGCGCCACCACUUUCUCACCCACACUGACCUGCGCCCCUUCUUCUGCCGCUUCUGUGCCUACCGCGCCAAGCAGAAGUUCCAGGUGGUCAAGCACGUCCGACGCCACCACCCUGACCGCGCCAGCGCCGCUGACCCUGCCCAGGGUGUGGGCAAGGACCCAGGUGCCCCCACCCUACACCUGCACGAUGUCCAGCUGCAUGGCCGGCCCCAGGACAAUGGCGGAGGGGCCCCGGCUGAGCCCCAGGGGUAGCCUCCACCCUGCAUCAAGUGCACGUGCAUGUACAGGCCGCUGUGUAUAUGGGAUGUAACAUAAAUGGGAGCUGUGCUCAUUUCUAA